AUGCCCGAGCCCAUCCCGCGCUUGCUGGACUUGGGGCAGAUCCUGCAGAGAGUGCAGAAGCAGCAGGCCGAGUCUCAGGAGAGCUUGAAGUUGUUGGCGGAGCAGCAUAAACAGUGGCAGGCGACGAUUGUGUCGUUGCUGGAUUAUGACCGUCCCAUUCUCAAUACUUCGAACGCAAAGCACCUUCCGGCGUCGAAAGUGCACGAAGUCGCUCAGCAGUUCCAGCCAGAGUCCGGGCUUCACCACUUGGUCUCAGAUCGCUCCGCGCGCUCCUCUGCAGGGCGAAGGCAGUCAGUGCGAAAUGCCACCUUGCAGCAGAUGGUGGAGGAGGUGCAUGCGGACUUGCACUCAGCGGGCGAGGAUCUGAGUGCACAGCGGAAGCGGUGCUUGGACUUUGUGAGGAGCCCCUGUUUCGAGUACAUCACUGGCGGCAUCAUCAUGUGCAACAUGAUCACCAUUGGCAUCGAGGAAGAGACCACGCUGCAAGACGGCGGGGCCGACUGGGGCGUGCAGGUUGAGCGAACCUUCCUGGCGAUUUACAUCAUCGAGCUGGUUCUGCGGGUGAUGGCCCAUGGCAUUCGCUCCCUGGGGAGCCCCUGGAUGCUGCUGGACCUCUUCCUGGUGGUGGUGGGCUUCAUGUCGCUGGUCUUCGCGCCGCUGGCCCAAAGCUCCGCCCUGGACAGCUUCGACAAGCUCAUGGUGGCCCGGGGCCUGCGGCUGCUGCGCCUGGCGCGGGUGCUGCGGCUCUCGCACCGCUUCAAGGUCGUUUGGCGACUUGUGAAUGGGCUGCUGACCGCCGGGGGGACGAUGCUGUCUACAAGUGCCUUAAUCAGCUUGACGCUCUUCAUUGCUGGCUGCGUGGCAGUUGAGAUCAUCAGCAAAGACAGCGACCUCAUCAACAACCCGUCGACAGGGCCGAUCGUCAAGCAGUAUUUUGGCUCCUUGCCCAGGUCCUCCUUGACCCUGCUCCAGUUUGUGACCAUGGAUUCCCUGUCCGCCAUUUACUACCCACUCAUCGUGGAGAAGCCGUAUCUGGCUUUGUUCUUCGUGCCGCUGCUGAUUUUGAUCUCCGUGUGCCUCAUGAAUCUGGUGACGGCCGUGCUGGUGGAGACCUCCAUGAGCUUCUCCGCCAGCGAGCACGAGCGCGAGCGCGUGGCGACCAAGGAGAAGAUCAAGCAGGCUCUUCCUGAUCUUUUCCAACUGUUUGAUGAGUGGGAUGCUGAUCGCAGUGGUGCCAUCACGCGAAUGGAGCUGGAGAAACUGCACAUGGACGUCCUUCCGGACUACCUCGUGGAUGUCAUGCCAGUUGAGAGCAUGUCGGAACUCUUUGACCUCCUGGACGUGGAUGAGACCAACUCCCUGACGCGGGAGGAGUUCGUGGAGGGCCUGCUGCACCUGGUGCUGUUGGAGAUCCCUCCCUGGGCGGUGCAGUACCUCAGCAUGCUGCGCCUGAUCCGCUCGCAGCUGCGCGAGGAGACACAAGAGGUAGCAGAGGAGCCUGUUUUUGUGCGAAGCAAGUGCACGGCGCCCUGUUGCGCGUUGACAGGUUGCGCCUUGACCGGCGGAAAGGAGACACCGUCUCAGAGGCGGAGCGGUCGGAAUAUGUCGUGCGCCGAGCCUCGGCGCCCGGACUUGGAGCAGAUCCUGCAGAGGGUGCAGCGGCAGCAGGCCGAGUCGCAGGAGAGCUUGAGAUUGUUGGCGGAGCAGCAUAAGCAGUGGCAGGCGACGAUUGUGUCGUUGCUGGCUUGCGACCGUCCUCUCGCUUCUGUGAACGACUUCCCCGCAUCGGAUCUUCAGCCGGCGAAGGUUCACGAAGUGCUGGAAUCCCCUGGGCAGUUCCUGCAUGAGGCCUCGACUCAAUCCCUGGUAUCCUCCCCGAGUGACAAGCUGAAGCCAAAACGCAAGUCCAUCGUGCACCAGAUGGUGGCGGAGGUGGAGACAGAGAUGCACCCGGAGGAGGAGGAGGAGCUGCCUGCCUGGCGCCGGCGGCUUGUGGACUUUGUGCAGUCCCCCUGGUUCGAGCACAUCACUGGUUGCAUCAUCAUGUGCAACAUGAUCACCACCGGCAUUGAGGCAGAGGCCUCGCUGCGAGGCGAGACGAACUGGGGCAUGCAGGUUGAGCGAGCCUUCCUUGCGAUUUACACCAUUGAGCUGGUUCUGCGGGUGAUGGCCAAUGGUAUUCGCUCCUUGCUUGGCGAGUGGAUGCUGCUGGACCUCUUCCUGGUGGUGGUGGGCUUCGUCGUGUUGGUGCUGGGCCCGCUGUUUCAGGACUCCCCGCUGCGGGGCCUCGACAAGCUGAUGCUGGCCCGGGGCCUGCGGCUGCUGCGCCUGGCGCGGGUGCUGCGCCUCUCGGCCCGCUUCAAGGUGGUUUGGCGACUUGUAAAUGGGCUGCUGACGGCGGGGGGCACGAUGAUGUCCACAACUGCGUUGAUUAUGCUGACGCUCUUCAUUUCUGGCUGCGUGGCAGUUGAGAUCAUCACCAAAGAUCCUGACCUGACCAACAACCCUUCGACAGCCCCGAUCGUCCAUGCAUAUUUCGGCUCGUUGCCCAAGUCGUGCUUGACGUUGCUGCAGUUUGUGACCGUAGAUUCCCUGGCGUCCAUUUACUACCCACUCAUCGUAGAGAAGCCGUAUUUGUCCCUGUUCUUCUUGCCGCUCAUGAUUUUGAUCUCCGUGUGCCUCAUGAAUUUGGUGACGGCCGUACUGGUAGAGACAUCUAUGAACUUCACCGCCAGCGAACAGGAGCGAGAGCGCCUGGAGACAAAGGAUAAAAUUAAGGAGGCUCUUCCUGAGCUUUGCCGUCUGUUCGAUGAGUGGGACGAGGAUCACGAUGGUUGCAUCACGCGAGCUGAGCUUGGGAAAGUGCCCGUCGACCAUCUUCCGGACAAUCUCGGGGACGUCAUGCCCGUCGACAGCAUGUCGGAACUCUUUGAUCUCCUGGACGUGGAUGAGACCAACUCGUUGACCCGGGAGGAGUUUGUGGACGGGCUUCUGAACCUGCUCCUCCUGGAUAUGCCUCGCUGGGCCAUCGAGUAUGUAAAGAUGUUGCGCUUGAUUCGGUUGCAGCUCCUUGAGAUGAAUCGGAGCUUGACAGCUCCACAACUUCGGAAGCUUCCGCCUCAACAAAUCCUACGGUCACUGUAA